AUGUUAGUGUUCAAAAGUUUAUUCGUUCUUCUAACAAUUUCAACAAUUUUCGCAUUUAAUUUCACAAAUUUUUUGAACGAUAGCUUUUACGUUUUGAAAGAUGAAAUUGAAACAAGAGAGAUUCAAGAUGAUAUCAUCGAUCUCAUCAGUUCUAUUUUAAUUAAGUUUAAAGUUUCAAAGGUUUCUAUCAUCACAGAUUCCAUUUACAAAGGCCAUCUUAUAAACACAAACUUGAUUGACUCACUUGAAUAUAAAAUAAUCUUUAUGAUGUCGAUAAAAGAUUCGGAAGCGUUUGACGAAAAGCCAUCAGGAAAUAUCGAGACAAUGUUGAGGAUAAUGAAGCGAGAAAUUAUCGAUGCUUAUGUAAUACUUAUAACAAAUGGAAUACAAAUGUCUAGCUUUUUAAAAUUUGCUGACUACUAUCGCCUACUCAAUUCACAAGCGCUAAUUAUUUUACUUCAUGAUUAUCGUCUUUUAUCGCCAAAUUUUCAUUACCUUUGGAAGCGAAUUGUUAAUGUGAUUUUAAUAAGAAAAUGCGAGACGAUACAUAAAGACAUGUAUGAGAUUUUAACUGUUCCGUUUCCAGAGAAGAUUCGAGAAAUAUUAGUGUUAAGCACAAUUAAUUAUUGGUCACCACUGAGAGGAUUUAAAUGGAAACAUAAAAUCUUCGACACAAGAGCGAAAAAUAAUCAGUUAAAUGGUGUCGAAUUAAAUAUCGUUGUUUUGGAACAUACACCAACUGUUUUCAAACAAUUAGAAGAAAAUGAGACUAUUGGAUAUUACGGAUUAGAAAUUGAUUUGAUAACUACACUUAGUUCUGUGAUGAAUUUUUCAACAAACUUUUACGAAUCAGAAGAUGCGAUAACUGAAAAGUGGGGAAAGAAAGUUUCACAAGCGAUUUUUUCAGGGAUGCUUAAUGAAAUGGAUCAAUCACGAGCCGAUAUUGCAAUCGCCGAUCUUCAUUACACAAGUUUUAAUCUUGAUAUUAUGGAUCUAUCGCUUCCCUACAAUGUUGAAUGUUUGACUUUUAUCACACCAGAAACACUUGGCGAUAAUUCAUGGAAGACUUUGAUUCUUCCAUUUAGUUUUGAAAUAUGGAUCGGUGUUUUGACGUCAGGGAAACCCACUGAAAAACUUCAGUACUUUAUUAAAGAUCUUUUCGACGAAUUCUCAGCUUGCAUCCUAUACACAUAUUCAAUGAUUCUGGUAGUUUCACUUCCACGAUUACCAUUUCGUUGGUCUAUUCGAGUGUUAACUGGAUGGUGGUUAAUUUAUUGUCUUUUAGUCGUUGUGGCAUAUCGUGCGGCAUUGACCUCAAUUCUUGCUAAUCCUCAGCCUCGUUUGACAAUUGACACAAUAGAAAUGUUAGCAAAUAGUUUGCUUAAAUGUGGAGCUUGGGGGGAACAAAAUAAAAACAUUUUUCUUUCAUCAUCCGAUCCAGCAUCUCAAAAAAUUGGGACUAAGGUCGAACACAUUGACAAUGCUGAUAAAGCUAUUGAACAAGUCGCCCAAGGAGAAUUUGCUUAUUUUGAAAAUCGAUUUACUUUGCAACAGCUUCGAAUGCAACAUGAGCAACAAAAGGAUUCUAUUCAGAACCUUCAUAUCAUGGAUGAAUGCGUAAUUAAUAUGCCAAUUAGUAUUGGUAUUGAGAAGAAUUCACCAUUAAAAGAACAAAUUGAUAAGUUUAUAAGGUAUAUAAUAGAAGCAGGGUUAAUUAAGAAAUGGUUGAUGGAUUCUGUGAAAGGUUUUGAAUCGAAUACAGAGUCUCAACCCGAAGAAGCUUUGAUGGAUUUGAAAAAGUUUUCUGGAGCAUUAGUUGCCCUGGUAUGUGGCUACGUUUUUGCUAUACUUGUAUUUACUAUUGAAAAGUGUUAUUGGAAAUUUAUUAUUGAGAAACAUCCCUAUUAUGACAAAUAUUUUAGAGCAAUUAAAUUGCCUAAGAUCAAAAACACAGAACCACAAAAAAUCACUAAGUCAAAACGUCCAAUGACAUCAGAUAAAAAAAAUCACGCUGUUUUAAACUGA